AUGGUGGGCUUUAAGAAAUCGUGGACCGAGUUAACCAGUUUGAACCACUGGGUGGUCAGAGAUUAUUACAGACUCGUAAAAUCAGUGAAUGAGUUGGAGCCCUACAUUCAAAAGCUUUCUGAUGAACAGUUGAGCUCGAGGACUGUUGUAUUUCGCCAGCGGUUGGAACAGGGCGAGACUCUAGCUGAUAUUCAAGCUGAGGCUUUUGCUGUCGUUCGUGAAGCUGCUAGAAGGAAGCUUGGAAUGCGUCAUUUUGAUGUUCAGAUUAUUGGCGGUGCCGUGCUUCAUGAUGGGUCGAUUGCAGAAAUGAAAACUGGAGAAGGGAAAACCUUAGUGUCGACUUUAGCAGCUUAUCUCAAUGCUCUGAGUGGAGAAGGUGUUCAUGUUGUUACAGUAAAUGAUUAUCUUGCUCGGCGUGAUGCUGAGUGGAUGGGUCGUGUGCAUCGUUUCCUAGGCCUCUCAGUUGGACUUAUCCAAGGUGGAAUGACACCCGAGAAGCGAAGAUUGAACUAUGGAUGUGACAUUACAUACACCAAUAAUUCGGAACUUGGCUUUGAUUAUUUGCGAGAUAACAUUUUAGAUUCAGUCCUCAUCGAUGAAGGACGAAAUCCGUUGUUAAUAAGUGAUUCGGCAACUAAAGAUGCUGCACGAUAUCCAGUUGCUGCUAAAGUAGCUGAGUUGCUGAUACAAGGGCUCCAUUACACGGUGGAGCUGAAAGAUAAUUCAGUGGAACUUACGGAGGAAGGUAUACUACUGGCUGAGAUGGCCUUAGAAACGAAUGAUUUGUGGGAUGAGAAUGAUCCUUGGGCUAGGUUUGUUUUGAAUGCAAUAAAAGCUAAAGAAUUCUACCGUCGGGAUGUACAGUACAUGAUCCGAAAUGAUAAGGCUCUCAUAAUCAAUGAGUUGACUGGUAGGGUAGAAGAGAAAAGGCGAUGGUCUGAGGGAAUCCAUCAGGCGGUGGAGGCCAAAGAAGGACUGAAAAUUCAGGCUGAUAGUGUUGUGAUUGCUCAAAUUACCUACCAAUCACUGUUCAAACUAUAUCCGAAGCUUUCAGGGAUGACUGGGACUGCAAAGACGGAGGAGAAGGAAUUUCUGAAGAUGUUUAAGCUGCCAGUUAUUGAAGUGCCCACGAAUAUGCCUAAUAUUCGUCAAGAUUUUCCCUUGCAAGCAUUUGCAUCUGCUCGAGGGAAAUGGGAAUAUACUUGUGCAGAAAUUCAGUACAUGUUCCGCCUUGGCCGGCCUGUAUUGGUUGGGACAACUAGUGUUGAGAACUCCGAAUACCUGUCUGCUUUAUUGAGGGAGAAAAAUAUACCCCACAAUGUCCUUAAUGCUCGCCCCAAGUAUGUCGCCAGAGAAGCCGAUAUUGUUGCCCAGGCAGGUCGAAAGUAUGCAAUUACUCUAUCCACAAAUAUGGCCGGCAGGGGCACUGAUAUUAUUUUAGGAGGAAACCCAAAGAUGCUUGCUAAAGAGAUUUUGGAGGACAAUUUGUUUUCAUCCCUCACAAACAAUGUUCCUGAUCCCGAAUUUGAUUCUGGGACAUCUUCAGAUAAGGUUUUAUCCAAGGUUAAUGUUGGACCAUCAUCAGCAGGCUUGCUUGCUAAGACUGCACUUAUGUCAAAAUAUGUAUGCAAAAGUGAGGGAACAAAGUGGACUUAUGGUGAGGCAAGAAAAUUGAUAUCGGAGUCUAUUGAGCUCAGUCAAUCAAUGGAAACCUCAGAAUUAUGGAAGCUCGUUAAUGAGCAGACAGAGAUGUACCCUUUGGGCCCCAGUAUAGCUCUUGCUUAUCUAUCGGUUCUAAAGGAUUGUGAAUCUCACUGUUUGAACGAAGGAUUAGAGGUUAAGAGGCUCGGAGGUCUUCAUGUGAUCGGCACAUCUCUACACGAGUCUAGGAGGAUUGAUAACCAGCUACGAGGCAGAGCAGGAAGACAAGGUGAUCCUGGUUCGACACGGUUUAUGGUGAGUUUACAGGAUGAGAUGUUUCAGAAGUUCAAUUUUGACACGGAGUGGGCUGUAAACCUUAUAUCUCGAAUGACAAAUGAUGAGGAUAUCCCGAUAGAAGGUCAGUCAGUCGUGAAACAGGUGCAAAGAAAGCAUGUCUAUGAUCUUCGACAAUUAAUUUUAACAGGCGAUCCUGAGAGUUGCUCGCAGCACAUUUAUCAGUACAUGCAAGCAGUGGUAACUGAAAUAGUCCUCAAGAAUGCAGAUCGAGCAAAGCAUCCAAGCAGAUGGAAUUUGGUAAAGUUAUUGAAAGAAUUUAUUGGAAUUUCUGGCAACGCGUUAAAAGACUCUUUUGCAGGGUUUACUGAGGAACAACUUCUGCAAUCACUCACCCGAGUCCAUAGCUUAGAGUCUGUAGACAUUGACAAUUUUCACCUCCCAACUUUGCCUAAACCUCCGGAUUCCUUUCGAGGCAUCCAGAUGAAGACCUUAUCAUUCAAGCGCUGGUUAACAAUCUGUUCUGAUGAUUCAAUAAAAGAAGGGAGCUUCAGACAGACUGUUAAUCUUCUUUGCAAGUACCUUGGAGAUUUUUUGAUAGCUUCGUAUCUUGGUGUUGUUCAAGAAUCGGGCUAUGACAGUAUUUACGUUAAGGAAAUUGAGAGAGCGGUUAUCCUGCAAACAAUCGAUUGCUUUUGGAGGGACCACCUUGUGAAUAUGAACAGACUUAGUUCGGCGGUGAAUGUAAGAAGCUUUGGGCAUAGGAAUCCGCUCGAGGAAUAUAAAGUUGAUGGGUGUCGAUUUUUCAUUUCUAUGUUGAGUGCCACACGUCGGGUGACCGUGGAGUCCCUAUUACGGUACUGGACGUCCCCUAUGGAGAUUCCCGAACUUUAA